GAGAGAGAGAGAGAGAAGCACAGAGACUCACAUGGCUCUCUCACCGUCCAAGGGCAUAGUCGUCACUAUCCCGGUGCUGGUCCUCUCCGUCUCCCUCGCCGCCGUCUUCUUCUUCCUCCUCCUCUCCUCGUCCUGCACCUGCGGCGGUGGCGGCCCCGUCGCCGGAGUUAGGAGCUCUCCGUCCUCCGCCGGAGAAGACUCGGCCGCGGCCGGGAAGGAGUGGGAGAGCGGCGAGACGAUACAGUCGUCGGAGGAGGAUGUGGAGUGGGUGAAGGAUCAGAUCCGAGUGAACGGUUUGCAUAUGCAGGAUAACGUGUUGCGUAAGGGAAUCAACCCUAGGACUAGGGCUCAGCAGCUUCAGGAUCUCUUGCAGUACAAGGGUAUAUCUCACUAUGAAGGACCUGAGUCUGGAAAUCACACUGCCCUCCCAUGCCCUGGUGAGCUUCUUACUGAAGAGCAUCACAGUAACUAUGGUGAGCCUUGGGCGGGCGGGCGAGAUGUUUUUGAGUUCCUGGCUCAGUCCAGCCAUCUGAAGCCUGAUUCAAAGGUUCUUGAGAUUGGUUGUGGUACGCUCCGAGUUGGUUUGCAUUUUAUUCGUUAUCUCCGUCCUGGACACUUCCACUGUCUUGAGAGAGACGAGCUGUCACUAAUGGCUGCAUUUAGAUAUGAGCUACCUUCCCAAGGUCUUCUGCAUAAGCGCCCUUUAAUUGUGAAAGGGGACAACAUGGAUUUCUCUAGAUUUGGUUCAGACGUUGUGUAUGACUUGAUCUAUGCCAGUGCUGUGUUUCUACAUAUGCCCGGUGAUCUUGUUUGGCUUGGGCUAGAGAGAUUGACAAAUAAAUUGAAACCUUUCGAUGGGCGAAUUUUUGUAUCUCAUAACAUCAAGUUCUGCUCACGAUUGGGAGGAGAAGAGUGCACAAAACGGCUUACCAGGCUAGGGUUGGUGUAUGUUGGAAAACAUACACAUGACAGUUUGCUUUUUAAUCAUUAUGAGAUCUGGUUCGAGUUUAAGCGGACAAGGGCUUAGAGUUGCAUUCAUUUAAUCAUUUGUUUGUUGGGUCCUAAUUAUAUGCACGUUGGGUGGCUGCAGUGCUGUUGUUGUAUUGGUUUAACAUCCCUGGCCACCUUUCUUCGAAGAUCAAGCCGUAACCUCCUAUUUAUGAUUGUAGGUUUUAGAGUGGCAGAUUUGUGUAGUCUCGACUUGUAUGGUUGAUCAGUUUGUGCAGGAGGGUUGUGGCCUGCUACGUAUAGGAAUAGAAGUACAUGUACGAUUCUGUUAACACUUGCAAUGAGUUAUAUAAGCAAUUCAUUCUUUCCAACACCAUUGUGCAUAGGUUGUAACAUUCAUAUACCAAACUUGCAGCUUUGCUUGAAGAGUUUAUUGCUACCCUGGCCUUGGC